CCACUCAAAGAUAGCACUGUGUCUUUAUCUUUGUCUUGCCACCAGCUGCCCUUUCUGCUGUUCUGUCUUAAUUCAUGUGCAUUAAGAAGGCGGGUGUUUGUGUAGUGGACUGGUGGCCUUCAACAUUGCAGUUGGAGCAUGCACAGGGACUUCCAUGUGCCAGCACUCAGUCAAGCUGGUAAAGGAUGUACUAAAGAGUGAAUCUGCUGCCAUUUAUUUUGUUUGAGCAUUCCCAUCUAGAAACCAUGGCUGGAUUUUACGGCUGUUUGCGGGGGAAGAAUUAAACCAUGAAACGGCGGACGUCAUCACUGCUGGCCAGUAUUGGAGGCAGUCCAAGCAGUGACUGCAGCAUCAUGGCCUCUGGACCAUCAGAUGUGAUGACCAACCAGGAUCCUGCAGACCCCACAGAGUGCACAGGCAAGAAGAAGUCCAAGUUCCAGACCUUCAAGAACUUUUUUGCUAAGAAGAAGAGAAAAGAGGCUGCAACUCCUGCCGGGGACAAUGGGUUGAAGUCUAGCCAGUCCAGUGACAAUGUCAAUGCCCCUGAACCAGCAUUCCUCAUCCGGUCUGAGAAAGACGAGGGCUCUGGGUCAAAAAUCUACAUGGGAAAUAAGGCUCUGUCACAUGACAGUGUCUUUGUCUCCGAUUUGCCCCUGUCAGAGGUAAACGAGGAUCUUGGAGCCUUUCAGGACAACAUCCAUGGUAAAGUCAAGUCUCUACAGCUCCAGCUGAAACAGGCCAUCCGGCUAGGCUCUCCUCCGUCUCUGUGUGUGAAGGGGGAUGACGCAGGGACUCUGUCUGAGGAUGAUGGCCUUCCCUGCAGCCCACCAGAGUACUCCACCCUGCACGCCGUCCUAGCUGGGGUGUCCCACAGGAGGAACAGCUCCCUGAGUCUGGAGGGAACAGACAGCGACGAAGACCAGAUGUCCUGUGAGGCGGGCUCAAGAUCAGUCAGUCCCCUGAUCCCCCUGCCUGUAGACUUCAGCCAGCCUGCCAGUCCCAUGGGCUGCCUGGACAACACCGCCGCUCGCCACCGCCUGGCCGUCCGACACAAGGCCUGCUCCAAGAUGAGGAAACCCACCACUAGGGUUGAUGGCAGGGCUGAGGGACAGUCAUUCCAAGAGGAAAGACUCAGUGUUGUCAUUCCAGAAUCUGUGGAGGAGGACCAGGAGGAAGAUGUGAAAUGUGAGCAGGCUGUUGCUGCCGAGAAGGAGCAGACCGAUGGGGCCGUGGUAUCCCAGCAGGCCGAGCGGUCAGCCCCAGAUAAGGAGGAGGAUGAGCAGGGGGACCAACCAGAAGUGUCUCUGGAUGUCUCUUCCUCAUCCCCUUCCAUACAGAAAGAGUCUGAUUCUGAGGAAUGUCUCUCAGGCCAGGCUAAGGCUCUGACCCAGACUGCACCCCUGCCUGGCUCCCUGGACUCUCUGGAGCCCCCUACUAGAGACUACGAUGACUUCCUCCUGGCCCAUAAUGGGUGUGAGGUGGCUGAGGAGGGUGGCUCUCUACUCCAGGAGGUGCUGCGCUCCCUCAAGUGUCCCCUGGCGUCUGUCCUGGGGCUGGAGGCUGAGCCCCUCGAGGAGGUGAAUGUGAAGGGUUUAGACCCUGAGAGCUGGAUGGAUGAGCUGGCUGAUGAACCUGAGCCUCUGUCCCUUCCUUCAGAUCCAACCCAACAGGAAGGAGCCUGUCUCCCCAGUGAUGGACCUGACUGCCCAGCAGAGUCCCAAGAGGAGGAGGGUGAGCCUUAUGUGCCUGAGGAAGAGUAUGUGGUAGAACAUUUCAAACCAAAGGAGGAAGAGGAGGAUCAAGAUGAAAUCAACCCUGAAUACUUAACAAAAGAAGAUCAAGACAUUCCUUCAGUUUAUAUGGAAAAAGAGGAAAAAGAAGAUGGGAAGGAGGCAGCAGGGUUAGAGGAAAAAGAAGAUGGGGAGGAGGCAGCAGGGUUAGAGGAAAAAGAAGAUGGGGAGGAGGCAGCAGGGUUAGAGGAAAAAGCGGUAAUAGAGGAAGCAGAGGAGGUCGUCCAAGAAGAGGCAGAGGAAAAAAAGAAAGAUGUGUGGAGGGAGGUGGAAAAAACAGAGCCAAUCUCAGAGGUGCCAGUGCAAACAGCCUUAUUGGAGCCAGAGGAUGUAACGCCAACCUCUGUGGAGGAUGAUGCACAGCAGGUUCCAGACAAUGACACAGACACUGAGAGAGCUUGUGAGAGCCCUGAGUGCCCCACUGAGCUGCCUGACCAAACAGUUAGGGAACCAGUCUGUGUCUCCCAGCUGCCAAAUAGCAGUACACCUCCUCCAGAUUCCCCAGACCAGCCUGAGUCCCCUACACAUGCCACACAGGACCAGGAAGAGCCCAGAGUAACGACUGACCAGUACAGUAUAACCAGUCCCAGUGCAGCUUCUGGCCCAGAGCAGAGCCCCCAGGAGCCCUGUAGUGGACCAACUGCCACAGAGGAUCAUGGGAAGCCAUCUUGUGGCUCUGAACAGAGUAGACCAAGGUUCACAAUUUCCCCCACCUGGCAAAGGUUGGACACCAACGAGCCAACCUCCCCUUCUACAUCUCCCUCCCCUGCUACCUCCCCCUCUGUCACUGUGCCUGGUGCUGUGGAAGCGGGGGUUACAGCAAAAACAGAUCCCCCAAGUAGAGUGGAGCCACUUAGCCCUGUGGUGGCCGAAGUCCCUGCUUGUCCCAGCAGAACACAGAGCACCACAGCACCCACACAUUCUUCAAAAGACACUCCACCUGCUGUUCCUGCAGCCCAGGAGGAAGGGACCCCUGAGAAUCCGUUUGGUGUUAGGCUGAGGAAGACCUCUGUGGGUAUGUUGCGCUUAGGAUCAGAGAGUGAAACUCCCCCCUCAUCCCCAGCACACUCACUUCCCAUAGAACCACAGAGGUCCUCGCUCACUGAACCACAGCCACAAAGCAAAUCUGCCCUGCUCAGAAAGCCCUCCGAGCUGGACGGUAUCGUCAAGCCCAGGAGAACACCAGAUCUGUCUGUGGGUCGAGUGCCUAGUGUUGGAUCUAGCGGGGGAUCUGAAUCACCAAGCUGGAUCUCAGUGGCCAGACAAAAGCAAAGAAUCUUCAAAGAGAACUCAUUGGAGGAAACUACUGAGAAGAAGGUCCCUGCCGAGAAGGGGGAGACUAACAGAAAGGGUUCCAUUCCUACAUUGACGAGUCAUGUCAACAAAGACCAAGCCAAGCCUCCGGGACCUCCUGUAAAAGUGUUGUGUUCUCUUGAGAUUUCUAAGCCUGCCGUGGUUGAGAAGGAGGGGAAGAGAGCCCCGGCUCACCCCGCACCUACAGCCCUAGCCCAGGAUGAGCCGCCAUGGAUGGCCCUGGCCAAAAAGAAGGCCAAAGCCUGGAGCGAGAUGCCCCAGAUAGUUCAGUAAAGACGGGCCGUCUCAAACCGAAUCAUCCGUCCACUGAUGGAUCAGAAUGCACUUGCACAACCAGAGUAUAUCUUUUGACUUCUAAUACCUUCGGGUUUCUUAUUGGACAGAUGCUGAAACCCUCCAGUCACGUGCUGUGGUGAAAGUCAGUUGGGAAUUAGGCCAAAUUAGUAAAAGUUAUGGCCUAAGAUUGAAUUUAGUUGACAUGAUAUAUCUAUGUACAACCAACCAAUUAUUGAAUGAUAUUUGUUUUAAUUUCUUAACUGUUAUUGACAGUAUUCCUUGUAUGAGUGAGGGUCCAGUGUAUCAACUUUGAACCUAGCCUUGAGCUUUGAUUUGGAGGAUGAAUAAGCAUGGAUGGAGAGUUUUCUUUGUAUUUAUUAAAUCUCUUUCAUGUAUUUGUUUUAUUUUUGUAUUGCCUUUUGAACAUGUGUACAUUAAAUGUGUAGUAAAUAACAAAUGGGA